GCGCAGGCGCAGAAAAGGGGGCGGGGGACUCGGCUUGUUGUGUUGCUGCCCGAGAACCAGAGACGGUCCUGCUUCGGCCGCGGGUCUUCCAGCCGCCCGACAAUGUCGUCUCAUUUAGUAGAACAGCCGCCGCCCCCCCACAACAACAACAACAACUGCGAAGAGGGUGAACAGCCGUUGGCCCCGACAGCCGGCCUCAACAGUUCCUGGGUGGAGCUCCCUAUGAACAGCAGCAAUGGCAAUGAUAAUGGCAAUGGGAAAAAUGGGGGGCUAGAACACGUACCUUCCUCAUCCUCUAUCCACAAUGGAGACAUGGAAAAGAUUCUUUUGGACGCACAACACGAAUCAGGACAGAGUAGUUCAAGAGCCAGUUCUCACUGUGACAGCCCUUCCCCACAAGAAGAUGGGCAGAUUAUGUUUGAUGUGGAGAUGCACACCAGCAGGGACCAUAGCUCUCAGUCAGAAGAAGAGGUUGCAGAAGGAGAGAAAGAAGUUGAUGCUUUGAAGAAAAGUGUAGACUGGGUGUCUGACUGGUCCAGUAGACCCGAAAACAUUCCACCUAAGGAGUUCCACUUCAGACACCCCAAACGCUCCGUUUCCUUAAGCAUGAGGAAAAGCGGGGCCAUGAAGAAAGGGGGUAUCUUCUCCGCAGAAUUUCUUAAAGUGUUCAUUCCGUCUCUCUUCCUCUCUCAUGUUUUGGCUUUGGGGCUAGGCAUCUAUAUUGGAAAGCGACUGAGCACACCUUCUGCCAGCACCUACUGAAGGAAAGAAAAGCCCCUGGACAAGCGUGUGACCUGUGAAGUGGUGUAUUGUCACAAUAGUUUAUUUGAACUUGAGACCAUUGUAAGCAUGACCCAACCUACCACCCUAUUUUUACAUAUCCAAGUUCCAGUAACUCUCAAAUCCAGUAUUUUAUUCAAACUCUGUUGAGGCAUUUUACUAACCUCAUUCCCUUUUUGGCCUGUAAGACACUUUAGAAUUUCCUAACAGAGUUUACUGUUAUUUAGAAAUUUGCAAGGGCUUCUUUUCCGCAAAUGCCACCAGCAGAUUAUAAUUUUGUCAACGAUGCUAUCGUCUCCUUUUAGUGCUACCAGACUUAGACCUGCAUCAUUCGUGGUAUAAAUUUUGCUCUUGCAAGAUAACUACCAUCUCUCUCUUCAAAUGAGAUCAGGUUAGCAAAUGAUAUGACAGCUUUGUUGUUUUGUUUUUUUCAAGACAAAGGCAAGCUUCCCUAAGCUUGAAUUUAUAGUUAUUAAAAAAGAAAACAAACAAAAAAAAACCAAGACACACACACAAAAAAAAUAUCCUGGGCAAUAAAAAAUUAUUUUAAACAAG